AUGAAGUUCUUCACCCUUGCCCUCGCUGCUCUCCUCCCUGCCGCCGUUUUGGCACAAGAACCAACCUUCUACACUGGAAACCCUGUCGCUAGGGCUGCAGAACCUGCCCUCGAGAAGCGAUCGAUCACCGCAAAUGUCAAAGUCGACGGCCUGCGCUAUAGGACUUGUCCCCGCACCGAGUGCACUGCGAUGGGCCAGUACCCAAUCAAUACACAGAUUCAAAUAGAUUGUUACACGGCGACUGGCACGACGACAGUCGAAGGGAACCCGGGUUGGGGCAGGUUGACGAGCGGAUACUGGGUUGCGUUGGCGUACGUCGGCUGGAACGGUGAGCCCUCUUCCUCUGCCUCUGCACCGAACUAA